GGCGAUCUCGUUUCGCAAAAGAAUUGUAAUCAAAACCUCCGGUUCAAUAUUACAGCUGUUUAACAUUUGACAUGUGAAUACACAAAACAAUUUGAUAGUGAUUUAUCAUAAAAUACAAUUUCAUAAUAGUGUUAUAAUAAAAAUAUUAAUUAAAUUUUCAAUGAAAAUACGUAUGAUACGUUUUUGACAGCGUGUUUGCAAUGGCCGAUGAACCUGUCCCAGCACCAAAGAGGCGACAAUUGCGAGAGAGAACUAAGAAACUUUAUACAGAUGAUUGGGCUAUUGGCGAUGAGGAUAUUGAAGGUAGAAGGACAUUUCAACUUGAUGAAAAAAUUGAAUGUGAAAGAUAUAAUUUGAGCAAUUUUACGGGAUUAUUUCGCGAAAUGACUGGACAUGAAUUAAAUGUUGCUUAUUUACAAAAACACGGUUUGGGAAUACCACUUUUAUUUAGAGAUAAAGCUGGUUUGGGACUUCGUGUACCAAGUGCAAAUUUUACAAUUAACGAUGUCAGAACUUGUGUUGGUUCAAAAAGAAUAUUAGACGUAAUGGAUGUAAAUACACAAAAAAAUGAGGACAUGACAAUGAAGGAAUGGCAAAAAUAUUACGAGGAUCCAAAUAAGGGUCGACUUUUAAAUGUAAUAUCAUUGGAAUUUAGUCAUACAAAAUUGGAAAAUUAUGUACAAUCACCAACAUUAGUAAGACAAGUCGAUUGGGUUGAUGUAAUAUGGCCUCGUCAUUUAAAAGAAGCUCAAGUUGAGGCAACAAAUCUUUUAGAGGAUAUGAUGUAUCCAAAAGUGCAAAAAUAUUGUCUAAUGUCAGUUAAAGGUUGUUAUACUGAUUUUCAUGUGGAUUUCGGAGGAACAAGCGUUUGGUAUCACAUUCUUCGUGGUGGAAAAAUUUUUUGGCUAAUACCACCAACUGAAAAAAAUCUCUCACUUUAUCAAGAAUGGGUUUUAAGUGGUAAACAAUCGGAUGUAUUUUUUGGCGAUAUGGUCGAAAGAUGUGGUCGUGUUAGUUUAAAAGCUGGUAUGACUUUAUUUAUUCCAACUGGAUGGAUACACGCUGUAUAUACACCACAAGAUUCACUUGUUUUUGGUGGUAAUUUUCUUCAUAGUUUUGGCAUUGAUAAACAAUUAAAAGUUGCACAAGUUGAGGAACACACGAAAGUACCGCAAAAAUUUCGAUAUCCAUUCUUUACGGAAAUGCUUUGGUACGUUUUGGAAAAGUACGUUCAUGUUCUUUUGGGAAGAAGUCAUUUGGAUAUUCCUGAAUCGCAUCCUCAACAUUCAAUGCCAUUGCAGCAUCAUCAUCAUAUUCAUUUGACUCCAUACGAAUUGCAUGGAUUAAAAUCGAUAGUAAUGUACUUGCAUUCUUUGCCUUCGACAAAAAAAAAUGUACCGGAUUUAAUACGUGAUCCUGUGGCCUUAAUACACGAUGUAAGGUGUUUGGUUGAACAACAUCGACAUGAUAAUCCAGAAGCAGCUGUUACGGGCAUUCCUGUUUUACCACCACCACCACCAAUGACAAUAGCCGAACGUGAACGUUUGAAAGCGACUAAAAAGACAUUGACAAAAAUUCAACGUCAGCAAAUAAUAAUUGAAAAACAAGAUUCAAAAUCUGCUUGUGCAAGAAGACGACGAACACGUUGUAAAAAAUGUGAGGCUUGCACGAGACAAGAUUGUCAAGAAUGUGUCUAUUGUCAAGAUAUGGUGAAAUUUGGCGGUACAGGAAGAGCAAAACAAACAUGUCUAAUGAGACAAUGUCUAAGGCCAAUGUUGCCCGUUACCGCUGCUUGUAAAAUCUGUAAUCUCGACGGAUGGGGUCAACAACCUUCGCCUCUAAUGGGCAAACCGAUCCCAAUGACACCGUCUGGUUUAUCAGAAUGUCAAGUCUGUUUCGAUAUUGUUCAUCCACAAUGCGUUGGUGUUGAUCCCUUGUCAAUAUCAUUUAACGAAGAUUUGCCAAACAGUUGGGAAUGUUUGAAUUGUUGUGAGAAGGGACGAAAUUUAGAUGGAAAACGUCAGGGAAAAGUUCGUGCGAGAAAACUCUCGGUAUCGAGCGCCGCUUCAUCGGUACCGACAACAGAUUCCGAAAGAGCUACAACGCCAAGUAAAAGAUCGAGACCUGAUCCAACAGAGACUUGGGCGGAUCGAGAACCAGCUGAAGGUGAACAAAGAACAGCCCUAAGAACACAAUUAGCAUCACAACUAACAGGAUCGAGUAGUAAAUCUCUAAAACGACCGAGUGUUGUUGUUCGACCGAUGCCAUUGCCUCCAAUUCAUAGACCAAAUCACGACAGUAGUGGACAAUUUUACGUGUACAAUAAAAUUGCAAUUCUCUCAAUUUUCAGGUAUUUACCAAUCAAGGACCUAGUGAAUUGUGCACUAGUUUGUCGUGCCUGGUCCAGAUACACGAUAGAUCCAUGUCUUUGGCGACGACUCGAUUUAUCACAUGUUCAAUUGACACCGGCACAUUUAACAGGUAUAACACGUCGUCAACCCGAGAGACUCACGUUAAAUUGGACAAAUGUUACAAAACGACAACUCGCCUGGCUUCUCAGUCGAUUACCACAAUUGCGUAGUCUUUCACUUCAAGGUUGCACUUGGUCUGGUGUUUGUGCCCUUCGAACAUGUGCCUGUCCACCAUUAACAUCACUUGAUUUAAGUCAUGUCUCUGGUUUAAAUGAUUCGAGUUUACGUGAAGUUUUAAGUCCACCAACUGAUUCACGUCCAGGUUUAAUUGACAAGACAUCGCGUUUAAAAUAUUUACGAAAUUUAUCCCUAGCUGGCUGUGACAUAACCGAUGUUGCUUUACGUUAUGUAUCUCAACAUUUACCUCAUUUGGAAAAUCUCGAUUUAUCAUCGUGUGGUCGUGUUACUGAUGCUGGUGUUGCACAAUUAGCUGCACCACCCGCACAAACAAUGAAUCAUCUUGUCUCAUUGAAUUUAUCAAAUUGUAAAUUACUCACUGAAACCACACUCGAUCAUCUAUUGAGAUGUAAUGCAUUAAAACGUCUUGAUUUACGGCACACAACUCAAGUUUCAACGCAAUCAGUUAUUAAAUUUGCGGCAAAAAGUAUUCAUAAUUUACAUGUGACAGAUGUUAAAUUAGUUGAGGAGAAAAAAGGUAAAAAUGAAACUCGAGGAACGUGAGACGAAGCCGAAGA